AUGAAAAUAAAAGAAAAAAAGUUAGAAGACAAGGAUGUACCUAAAAAUAAAAAAGUGUCAAGCAAUGGAAAGGAUGAAAAAUGUAGUAGGAAAACUCGAAAUGAAGAAUAUAUAAAAAAUACAACAAAAAAAGAUAAAAUAGAAAACAUGGUUAAAAAACUUGAUGAUAUAAAAAAUAAAGUUACAGAUUCAACUGAUGGAUUGAAAUGUGUAGAAAUUUUAUUUAACAAAGCUGGAACGAAUUGUUUAUCACCUCUAGAUAAUGAUCUUCAAAAUAAAAUUGGAAAAAAAAAAAAUACACACUUGAUCAAAAAGGAAAAUUAUAAAAAUAAAAAUAAAAAUAAUAUUAAUAAUAAUAAAAAUGACAAAUAUGAUAAUUUACAUAAUACCUAUCUUUUCAAUGGAACUGUUAGAAAUUUCGAAUGUUUAAAUGUACAAAAUGUUCAUAGCUUUUUUCAUAAAUAUUUUUAUUUAAAAAAAAAUACAGAUGAUACAUAUGAUAAUAUUCAUUUUGAAGAUAUAUUAAAAGAAAAUAAAAAUAAUUUCUCACAUUUAGACAAACAACACUCUGAUAUAAAUCCUCUAUUUAUUGCAUUGCCAUGCAACGUACUCAUGGAUGAGAAAGAUGAAUAUAAUAAAAUGAUUGAACAUAUAUCAGAUUACAACAAUAUAGAUUUAAAUGAUAAAAAGGAAGAAGAUUAUGAUGCACAAAAAAAAAAAAAUACAGAUAUAGAACAUAAUAAUAAUAAAAAGAAUAAAAUGAAUGCAUGUCAAAAUGAUAUUUAUGAUUUAUCGAAUAAGAAAAGGAAAAUAUUUAAUAAUACAGAUAAUGUAAAUUUACAAAUGGGUGAAAUGGUUUCAUUAAAUAAUUACAGAAAAGAUAAUAUGACAACUAAUUUUUUAUUAAAUCAUUAUAAUAAUAUACAUAAUAAGGAAUUAAAUUAUUUGAAUGAAGGUAUUCAUAAAAUAAAUGAAAAUUGUAUAGAUUCGAAAAUACUAAUUUUAAAAAUAUGUAAUAUAAUUUUUGAAAAAAAAAAAACAAAAAAUAUGCAAAUUUUAAAACAUUUGGAUUUAAUGUUUAAUAUGAUAAAAAGUUAUGAAAAUGGAAGUAUAUAUGAUGAAAAAAAAAGUUUAUAUGAUAAGGAAAAUAUAAAUAAUUAUAAUAGUAACCAUCAGAAGUUCUGGUUUGAAAAAGAGAAUGAUAUAUUUAAUAAUAAUAAUAAUAAUAAUAAUAUCCAAAUGAAUGUUGUAAUACAAGAUGAAGGUACUGAAAAAUGUAAUAAUAAUUAUAAUUUAGAUAAGACACUUUUUUUAUUUUAUAAUAUUUUGUUAAAGGUAUCAGUACAUAUUUGUGGUUUAUAUAAUACUUUUAUGGACAUAAUAAAUUAUAACUCAAUCGACCCAAUUAAUAACAACAACAACAAUAAUAAUAGUAAUAAUAAUAGUAAUAAUAAUAGUAAUAAUAAUAAUAGUUAUUGUAAUAAUAAUGAUUAUUUUAUUUCGUAUGAGCUAAGAAAAUUAAUUGAAUCCAUUAAUAUAUAUCAAAAAGGAGCAAAUGCAACAUUAUAUUUAUUUCACUAUAUUUUACACAUUCUAGAAAUAACUAGCCAAAAAAACAAUAAUAUGUUCAUUAUAGAAAAUGAAAUAUCAACAAUAAAGAAUUUUAUUAAAAUAAUUAAUAAGUGGAAAAAAAUUGAUUCAAAUAUUUUAAUAAAUAUUGUACAAUAUAAAAAUUACACUAACACACAAAAUGAUGAAAAUAUAAAUAAAUCAAAUAAACAAUUAAAUAUACAACAAAAUGAAAAUAAGAAAUAUAAAGUAAAUCUAAUUAAUAAAGAAUUGAUUCGUCAUAAUUUUGAAAUAAGAAAAAUAAUUAUUUGCAAAUAUAAUAAUAAAAUAAUUAAGUGGAUGAAAAAAAUACAAAAUUUGUACAUUAUGCAUGCAUAUAAAAAUGAUCAAAAUGGUAAAAGUUGUAAAAGUGAAAAACAUUAUCAUAGUGAACAUGUAAAUAUAGAGGAAGACAAAGAAACAAAUAAAGAAACAAUAAUAAAAAAAAACAAUGAAAAUAUCAUAUUGACAUAUCAAAAUGGAGAUAAUAAUCAUAUACAAAACAGUUGUGAUAUAUAUAGAAAGGACACAAAUGAAAAUAAAAAAUAUAACUAUUAUAAUAUUUCUUGUGAUACGGAAUCCUUUUCUUUCUUUUUCCAUUGCUGUAAUAUAAAUACAUAUUAUUGGUAUAAAAAAGAAAUAGAUAUUAAUAAUAUGAAAAUUAUAUUUUAUCUUAGUAAUUUAUUAACAAAGGAAGUUCAAAAUAGUGAGUAUAUCAACAAACAAAUCAAUUCCUACUUUAAAGAAAUUAAUAAUUUAUUUUUUGAUAUAAAAGAUAUAUAUGAUAUACUUUUAUGUUAUAAUAAUAUGGAAAAUAUAAAUAAAGAACACAACACAAUUAAUAAUUUCAUAUGUCAAUUAAAUAAUUUGACAGAUAAUGAAGAUAUAUCUUCCAAAGAAAUACAACAGCUGUUAACAGAUAUAUCGAAAUAUAAUAAUAUUAUAAAUGUAGAUAAAAUUAUGAAUAAAUAUAAUACAUAUAAUGAUGAUAUGAAAAAUCUGGAUAUAUUAAUAUCUAAUAAUAUAUAUAAUAAAAUAAUGUCUACUACCUUAUAUAAUAAUUUUGAUAUGAUAAAAUUUAUUAUGAAAUGGAUAUUUAUUAAUGUUAUUAAAAUAUAUGUAAAGCAUGUACAUAUGAUGCAUAUAAAUCAUCAAAGUAAAAUAAAUGGAUAUAAUGCAAAUCAUAAUUUAAAUAAAGAUAAUCAUAAUGAUAUACAUAACAACUUACAAGGUAAUCCCCUUAUGAAUCAACAAUUAAUAGAAGAAGAAAUUGAAAAACGUGUUAAUAUAAUUAAAGAUGAAUUAGAAAGUGAAAAGAAUAUCAUUAUUAAUAAUAUAAAAGAACAGUUACAGAAUGAACAAAAAAUAAAAUAUGAUGAUAUAAAAACUAAUUUAGAAAGAGAAAAAAAAGUUAAUAUGUAUAUGAAUAUUGAACUAGAAAAAGAAAGAAGAAUAAAUGACGAAAUGAUGAUAGAUUUUGACAAAAAAAAUAAAAUGUAUGAUGACAUUUUUAAAGAAUUAGAAAAUGAAAAAAAAAAAUAUAAUGAAAUUCAUAUGGAAUUACAAAAUAUGAAAAAAAUCAAUUCAGAAAUUAAUAUUGCCUUAAAAGAUAAAACUGACAAAUAUGAAGAAAAAUGUGUAGACAUAGAAAAAUUAAAUAAAAUGUAUGAACAUACUUGUAAAGAAUUGCAGGAUAAAAAUGUUUUAUAUGAACAAAUAAAUACACAAUUAUAUAAAGAAAAAAUAAAUAAGGAUGAAACAUAUCAAGAAUUAGAAAAAAUAAAAAAUAUAAAUAAAAAUAUUCAAAUAAAUUUAGAAAAUGAAAAAAAAACAAACGAACAAAAGGAUAGACAAAUAGAAAAGCAAAAAAUGAAUAUCAAAGAAAUGAAUAUACAAUUAGAGAAAGAAAAAAUGAUUAAUAAUGAAAUUAUUAUACAACUAGAAAAGGAAAAAUUAAAUAACAAACUUAUAUAUGAAGAUUUAGAAAAAAAAAAUAAAUUAAAUUCAGAGCUUGAAGAAAAUUUUGAAAAUCAACAAAAAAAAAUUAAUGAAAUGGUUAUACAAUUAGAAAAAGAAAAAAUUAUUAAUAAUGAAAUUAUUAUGCAAUUAGAAAAUGAAAAAGUAAACAUUAAAAAAAUAAAUACAGAAUUAGAAAAUAUUAAAAAAAUUAAUAUUGAAAUAAAUGAACAAUUAGAUAAACAACAAAAAAUAAAUAAUGAUGUGCAAAUAAAUUUAGAAACUGAAAAAAAUGAAAAAGAUAAUAUCAUUAUAGAAUUAGAAAAGGAAAAAAUAAAAAAUAUACAACUUAAAAAAAAUAUGGAUGAAGAAAAAAAAACAAAUGAAUCAUUAAAUAUAGAAAUAGAAAGAUUAUAUAAAAUAAAUGAACAUGUAUUAUUAAAUUUGGAUGAAGAAAAAGAAAUCAUACAUCAAUUUACUAUAGAUCUAGAAAAUGAAAAGAAAAGAAAUAACAUUCUACAAUUACAAUUUGAUGAUGAGAAAAAAAAAAAUGAGCAAAAUUAUGAAGAUCUAUUAAAAGAAAAAGAAAAAAAUAAAGACUUACAAAUUUUUUGUGAUGAAUCCAAACAUACUAUAAACCAAAUGAUUACAGAUAAAGAAAAUAAACAAACAGAAUAUAAUGAACUCAAAAUAUUGUUUGAUCAAGAGAAACAGAAGAAUGAACAAAUUAAAGAAGAUUUACAAAAUGAAAGACAAAAAAAUAAACAACUCGAAAUUAUUUUUGAUGAGGAACAAAAAAAGAAUGAACAAUUAAAUUUAUCUUAUCAAGAACUAAAAAAUAUAAAUGACCAACUUGAAAAUGAAUUUCAAAAGCAAAGAAUUACAUAUAAAAAAAUGAUAGCAAUGUUUGAAAGAAAAUUUACGAUGAAAAAUUCUAAUGAUCUACAAAAAAUGAGAGAUAAACAAAAUGAUGUUGAUCAGAUGAGUGAUGAAAAGAGAAAAGAUGUUGAUCAGAUGAGUGAUGAAAAGAGAAAAGAUGUUGAUCAGAUGAGUGAUGAAAAGAGAAAAGAUGUUGAUCAGAUGAGUGAUGAAAAGAGCAAAGAUGUUGAUCAGAUGAGUGAUGAAAAGAGAAAAGAUGUUGAUCAGAUGAGUGAUGAAAAGAGAAAAGAUGUUGAUCAGAUGAGUGAUGAAAAGAGAAAAGAUGUCGACCAUAUGAAUGAUGAAGACAACACAGAUGUCGAACAUAUGAAUGAUGAUAAUACCUUUCUUCAAUUACAACUCGAAAAAGUGAAACAGGUUAAUAUUGAUAUGAUUAUACAACUAAAAAAAGAUAAAAAAAGAAUUGAUGAUCUAAAUUUAGAAUUAGACAAAGAAAAAGAAGCAAAUGAUAAAAUUAGCAUGCAAAUGGAAGAAUAUAAAAUGAAAAUAAAAGAUAUAAAUGAAGAAUUAGAAAAAAAUAAAAAGAAUAUAGAAAUUAUUAAUCAAGAAUUAGAAAAAGAAAAAGAAAUUAAUGAACAAAUAAAUAUGCAAUUGGAAGAAGAAAAAAAAAUGAAUGAACAAAUAAAUAUACAAUUGGACGAAGAAAAAAAAAUGAAUGAACAAAUAAAUAUACAGUUGGAUGAUGAAAAAAAUAUGAAUAAUAAAAUGAGUAUUGAAUUGGAUGAAGAAAAAAAGACAAAUGAACAAAUAAAUAUACUAUUAGAAGAAAACAAGAAAAAAAUUAUACAAUUAAAUUCUUGUCUAGAAAAAGAAAAAGAAAUAAACGAACAAUUAAAUAUACAACUAGAAGAUAAAAAAAAUAGCAUUCAACAAAUAAAUAUUAAAUUAGAAGAAGAAAAAAUAAAGAAUGAACAAAUAAAUAUUAAAUUAGAAGAAGAAAAAGAAAUUAAUGAACAAAUAAAUAUACAAUUGGAAGAAGAAAAAAUAAAGAAUGAACAAAUAAGUAUACAGUUGGAUGAUGAAAAAAAAAUGAAUGAACAAAUAAAUAUACAAUUGGAUGAAGAAAAAAAGAUGAAUAAUAAAAUGAGUAUUGAAUUGGAUGACGAAAAAAAAAAAAAUGAACAAAUAAAUAUACAGUUGUAUGAUGAAAAAAUAAAGAAUGAACAAAUAAGUAUACAGUUGGAUGAUGAAAAAAAAAUGAAUGAACAAAUAAAUAUACAAUUGGAUGAAGAAAAAAAAACAAAUGAACAAAUAAAUAUACUAUUAGAAGAAAACAAGAAAAAAAUUAUACAAAUAAACUGUCAUUUAGAAAAAGAAAAAGAAAUAAAUGAAGAAUUAAAUAUGCUACUAGAAGAUAAAAAAAAUAACAUUGAACAAAUAAAUAUUAAAUUAGAAGAAGAAAAAAAAAUCAAUGCAGAACAAAUUAUGCAAUUAGAAAAUGAUAAAGAAAUUAUGAACAAAAUGGUUGUUGAGUUGGAAAAAGAAAAAAUAAUUAAUAAUGAUAUAAAACAAAAAUUGGAAAAAGAGAAAAAACAAAAUGAUCAUUUAGUUAUAUGUCUAGAAAAUGAAAAACAAGUUAAUAAAAAAUUAAAUAUAUUAUUAGAUGAAAAUAAAAAAACAAAUGAAGAAUUAAAUAUACAAGUAGAACAAGAAAAAUUGAUAAAUGAUGAAAUUAUUAUACAACUAAAAAAAGAAAAUGAAGAAAAUAAUAAAAUAAAUUCACAAUUAGAAGAACAAAAUGGAUUGAAUAAAAAGGUAAUACAACAAUUAGAAAAGGAAAAAGAAGAAAAUGGAAAAUUAAAAUUACAGUUAGAAGGAGAGAAAGAAGAAAAUGGAAACUUAAGGUUAGAAUUAGAAAAUGAAAAAAAAGAAAUUGAAAAUUUAUUAUUACAACUGAAAGAAGAAAAAGAAAACAAUAAGAAUGUGAUAAUCGAAUUAGAAAGAGAAAAGGAGAAUAAUAUGAAUGUGAUAAUCGAAUUAGAAAGAGAAAAGGAAAACAAUAAAAAUGUGAUAAUCGAAUUAGAAAGAGAAAAGGAGAAUAAUAUGAAUGUGAUAAUCGAAUUAGAAAGAGAAAAGGAAAAUAAUAAAAAUGUGAUAAUCGAAUUAGAAAGAGAAAAGGAAAACAAUAAAAAUGUGAUAAUCGAAUUAGAAAGAGAAAAGGAAAACAAUAAAAAUGUGAUAAUCGAAUUAGAAAGAGAAAAGGAGAAUAAUAUGAAUGUUAUAAUCGAAUUAGAAAGAGAAAAGGAAAACAAUAAAAAUGUGAUAAUCGAAUUAGAAAGAGAAAAGGAAAACAAUAAAAAUGUGAUAAUCGAAUUAGAAAGAGAAAAGGAGAAUAAUAAAAACAUAAAUAUAAAAUUCGAAGAAGGAAAAGAAAUAAUAAACCAAAUUAAUAUACAGUUGGAUGAAAAGCAAAAGGUUAUUAAUAAAUUAAAUGUAGAGUUAGAAAAUGAGAAAGAAGAAAAUGAAAAAUUAAAAUUAAAAAUAGAUGAAGAAAAAAAAUAUAAUAACCAAAGAUGUAUCGAAUUAGAAAAUGAGAAAGAAGAAAAUGAAAAAUUAAAAUUAAAAAUAGAUGAAGAAAAAAAAUAUAAUAACCAAAGAAGUAUCGAAUUAGAAAUGGAAAGGAAAGAAAACGAAAAAUUAAAAUUAGAAAUUGAUGAAGAAAAAAAAAAUACACACAAAGUAAUAUAUGAGUUAGAUGUUGAAAAAAUAAAAUAUAAUGAUGUGUGCCUCAUUUUAGAUAACGAAAAGAAUAAAAUUAAAGAACUAAAUGAGAAAUUAAUAAAUCAAGAAAUGGAAUUAGAAAAUAUUAAAAAGAAACUAGAGGAAGAAACUAUGAAUUUUGAAAAAUUUAGAGAAAUAACAUACGAAGAAAAAAAAAAUAUAAUAUCAAAAAGUAAUGAUAAUAAUAAUAAUAAUGAUGAUAAUAAUAAUGAUGAUAAUAAUAAUGAUGAUAAUAAUAAUAAUGAUGAUAAUAAUAAUAAUGAUGAUAAUAAUAAUAAUGAUGAUAAUAAUAAUAAUAAUAAUAAUAAUAAUAAUAAUAAUAAUAAUGAUAAUAGGAAAGAUGAAAAGUAUAAUAAAUUAUAUUAUUCAUAUGUAGAAAUAGUUAUAAAAAAAGACGAACUAGAAAAAGAAUUUAAUGAACGCAUGAAAUAUUUUAACGAGAAAGUUGAUACAUAUGAUAAGAAGAUUCAAUAUUUUAAUGAAAAAAUUACACAUUAUAAAAAUGUUUGUAAACUGUAUAUUAAAAACCAUGGGAAAAUUAUCAGUUGUAUAAAAAAAUUAGAAGAUAUAAUAUAUAGUAUUGAAAAGAUAAAUAUUAAAGAUAAAAUUAUUCUAGAUGGAAAAAUUUAUAAUAUUAAAAUUAUAAUAAAAGAAAUUAAUGAAUGUGUACAUAUGAAAUUACAAGAUACAGAAGAUACAGAUGUAUUAUUAUAUGAUGAAAUAAUAAAUGAAAAAAAUAUUUUACUUGAAAAAAUUUUAAACAAUGAAAAAGAUAAAAAUAUAUAUCAUAUAGAAAAAAAUAGUGAACUAGAAAAAUAUAUGAAAGAAUUAAAUUUUGAAAACAUCAAUGAUCUUUUUAUAUUCCAUUUAAAUAUGUUAGAUGAAUUAUGUGUAAUCAAAAAAUGUUACCAACAAACAGUAGAAGAAAAUUCAAUGAAAAUGAAAGAAUACGAUAAUAAUAUCCUAAUUCUAAACAAACAAAUUGAAUUAAAGGAAAAAAAAAAUCAUAUCAAUGAAAAAAAUUGUAAAUCUUUAUUAUCUGAAGUAGAAAAUUUGAAAUAUAUCUUAAAUGAUUUAUUGUCAUAUGGUGAUUAUGAUAAUGGAAGGAGAAAUAAAAGACAAAGAAAAAUGAGUUUAAAAAAUGAAAUAAAAUAUAUCGAUAUGGAAAUUAAAAAUAUAAAAAAUGAAGAACAAAAUAUGUUGAUUAAUUCACAGAAACAAAAUGACAGAAAUGAUAACCACGUUCCACGUGAUGUACCUAUAGAUGAAAAUAAAACCAUUAAUAACAACAGAAAAAAAAAUGAUAAUUCAAAUAUACCUGAAAAUAUGGAAACAAAAAAAACUUUAGAAUUACAUAACAGCAUAGAAAAGAUGAACACAUUUGAAAGUCCUUUCGAACGAAAUAAUAAAUUAAUUCAAGAAAAUAAUUUACAAGAUGUACACACAUUAUAUCCAAAUAUUCUAGAAUAUAAAGAAAAUAGUUCUUUUAAAAGUAGUACAUUAAAAAGUAACAACUUAUCAGAAUUAGAUAUUUUAUCAAACGAACCUAAUAGUAAUAGUACAUCUAAAAGGAAAUACUCAAGAAAUAAAAAUAAAAAAAAAGAUUCAGGUAGACAGUAUGAAUUAAGGAAUAGAAGGAAAGAAUAA